AUGGCGGAUGCCGACGAGGCUUUGGAGGAGGCCGUCGAUGGGGCCAUCGACGACGACGACGCCAAGCUCGAUGCCAUGCUGGCCGAGCUGAACGACGGGCUCGUGCCUGAGGAGGAGCCCGAGGAGCCCGUGGAGGAGACCACGGGGGCCGAGGCGGAGGCCGCCGCCGCUGCCGAGCCGGCCGCGGAGGAGGCUGCCGUGGCCGAGGAGGCGGCCGCGGAGGAAGCCGCCGACACCGGGGAUGGCGAGAUGGAGGUGGAUGCGGAGGGCCCGCCACCCGCUGCGCAGACGGCGCCCGGGAAGGUGGCCACCGAGGGUGCGGCUGGCAAGGGCAAGCCCAAGGGCAAGGGGAAGGGGAAGGCGAAGCCCGGCAAGGGGAGGGCCAAGGGCGCCAGCGCCCCGCCGGGGGAGGCGGACGACGGCGAGGAGGAGGUCGAGGUGGAGGAAGAGGAGCCGUCCGACGAGGACGACGUGGGCGGGUGUGCGGCGAAGGGCAAGAAGGGCAAGGGCAAGAUUGGCAAGGUGGGCAAGAAGGGCAAGGGCAAGGCGAGGGCGGGCGCCGUUGAGGAGGCCUCCGAGGAGGAGGUGGAGCUCGAGGACGAGGACGAGGAGGCGGAGGCAGCCAGCAAGCAGCUCCCGAAGGGCAAGAGCAAGGGGAAGAAGGGGAAGCUGAAGGGCAAGCGGAAGGAGCCCGCCGUGGAGGAGAACGACAGCGACGAGGCCGAGGACGAGGCCGAGGACGAGGAGCUCCCGCCCCCCAAGGGCAAGGCCUGGAAGGGCCGGGCCAAGGGCAAGGGCAAGAAAGGUGCGCCCGCGGCAGACUCGGACGACUCCGACUCCGACGCCGGCCCGGGGAAGGCCGCCAAGGGUAAGCAGGGUGCGGGCAAGGCGAAGGGCAAGGGCAAGGGCCCCAAAGGCAAAACCCCAAGGGGCGUCCUGUACGAGGCGGACUCCGAGCUCGAGACGGACUCCGAGGACGAAAAGCUCGCAGGACGGGAGCAAGACAAACUCACAGGGCUCAAAAAGGCCGCGAAGAGCUCGAAGAGGAAAACCGCGCUGAUAGCAAGGUGGGAGGAGGAGAGAGGCUUCGGCUUCCUGAGGUUCACCGAAGAGAGCCUGCCGGAUGCCUUCGUCCACCGGAACAAUGUGAUGAACUCCGAAGGGGCCCCCUUGGAACAGGGCAUGGCGGUGGAGUGCGAGGUCGAGGAGGGCGACGACGGCCGGGAGAGAGCCGUGCGCGUCAAGAUCACCGACUGGACUCCCCGCGAGGUGCCGAAGGGCAAAGGCAAAGGCAAGGCCAGGAGCAAGAGCAAGGACAAGGACAAGGGCUCGGACUGGGAGAAGAAUCUCCUGGAGAAGCUCUCCGCGAAGCUCGGCGUCAAACGGCCGCAGGAGGCCGAGGACUCCGGGCCCAGCAAGAGGGUCCUGCAGGCAGGAGCCACUCCGCCGGCAACUCUGGGCGAGAGGAUUGUCGUGGCGGUGUCGGUAGGCGGGGGUCGGCGGACUAAGGAAGCUGUCGGGGACCCCACGUCGGUGCCCGAGUGGGCAGCGGCGCAGCAGAGGCUGUUCGGGCACAUGAAGCCCCUGCCCCCAGACUGGAUCCGCAUCCGCUCGAAGAGCAAGGGCACCCUCUACCUGUACAACACCAGGAGCGGCGAGUCCAAGGACGCGGAGCCGGAGGCCCCCGCCGAGAAGGCGCUGCCGCCGAACUGGAGGAGGAUGACUUCGAAGAGCACGGGGCAGGUGUACUUCUACAACAGCGUGACGGGGGCGUCCCAGUUCGACGAGCCCU